GCCCAGGAAGCACAGCGCCGGAGAGCCGCGCGAGCCUUGCGUCAGCGGCGCCGGCAGCCAAUCGCGGCUAGGCCGACGCGAGCGCCGCCCGCCGCCAAUGUUGUUUUCGCUGAGUCGAGCGGCUGGUGUUGUUGGCGGUGCCGGCGCCAUAUUGGAAGGGACGAGGCGGCGUUUUUUUUUUGGCCCCCCCUCAGCCCCCCCGCCCGCUGCCUCAGGAAUAACGGAGCCCCCCUCAGAGCGGGCCUCGCUGCCGACGCCGCCAUGCUGUACCUAGAGGACUAUCUGGAAAGUGAGUCUCCGCGGUGCGCGCGUGUGUGUGUAGAGGGAGGGGGGGCGCCAGGCCCGAGGGGAGGGGGGAGGGAGGGAGGACGGAGCGCGAGGCGGAGGCUCCGCCCACCGCUCCUCCCGCCCUCCGUGUCAGCUAACUCGCUCCUUCUCUCCGCCCCCCUCCCCGCCAGUGAUCGAACAACUUCCCAUGGACCUCCGCGACAGGUUCACCGAAAUGCGCGAGAUGGACCUGCAGGUGCAGAGUACGUGAGUCAGCCCCGCCCCCUUCGCGCGCCACGCAGAGGGAGGAGGUGGAGCCGCCGGGUGUGAGCGACGCGCCAGCCGCCGAAUAGGAAGUCGGCGAGCUCCCAAGAACCCGCCCGCCGUGCAAUGGCAUUGGGGUUUUCUUCCUAUCGAUACUGCACAGCGGAAAUCAGCUGGGCUUUAUUCCAAGGGAUGGGGGGUGAAAGGUUUAUGGGGGGGGGGGGAGGAAGAGACUUACCCUGCUGAAGACUCCAGGAUUUAUAGACGGAAUAAUUUCCAUUUCGUGGAAUGAUUUUUAGAUUCUACCCGACCGAACCCACGUAUUCUGUGUCCUGAUCGUGGGACUUUGGGGUGGAGGGACUGUUAUUAUAAAGAGCCUCACAGGGCAGUGUAGGAAGGAGAGGGUAAUGGUCGCAUGCCUCAGUAUGUGGCACUAAACCACCGAGCCUCUUGGGCUUGCCGAUCAGAAAAUCGGCGGUUCGAAUCCCCAUUACGGAGUGAGCUCCCGUUGCUCUGUCCCAGCUCCUGCCAACCUAGCAGUUCGAAAGCACACCAGUGCAAGUAGAUAAAUAGGUACCGCUGCAGUGGGAAGGUAAAUGGCGUUUCCAUGUGCUCUGGUUUCUGUCACAGUGUUCCGUUGUGCCACUAGCGGUUUAGUCAUGCUGGCCAGAUGACCCGGAAAGCUGUGUCUGGACAAAUUCUGGCUCCCUUGGCCUGAAGCAAGAUGACCACCACACCACUUAGUCGCCUAUGGGGUGCUUUACCUUUUUUUUAACCUUUUACUUUCAAAACCUUAAAAGGGAUCCAUGAAUUAGAUCUCUUGUCAGAUGCUUACGUACACAUGUAGUUUUCACAUAAGCUGCCUUUUACUUACUUCUGCUAUACGGUUGCAAACCAUUGUAUAAUUAUACAAAACGAAUGUACAUUCAUGUUCUGUGUGUUUUAAGAUGCAAUGGAUCAACUGGAACAAAGAGUAAAUGAAUUUUUUAUGAAUGCAAAGAAAAACAAGCCAGAAUGGAGAGAAGAACAAAUGACAUCAAUUAAAAAGGUAGGAGUAAGGUAAUAUCUGGCCAAAAGAAAUAAAACAAAACACCCCAAACUAGGCUAUUCAAUCAGUUCUGAUGCUACUACAAGUCUCACACAAAAAAAUCUACUCGGAGAUUUUAAAAAGCUAUGAAUUCAUAGAAGAUCGUGGCUCCCGUUCUGUAAAAAUGGAAAACACAACUUGCAGUUUUUCUUCAGAGCCGAUUUCUUGCUUUGCUUGGAAAUGGACAAGUGACUUGUACAUAGUCCUAAAGAAAUAAAUGCAAUCAGGUUUAAAAUCAUGUUGGUUGUACUGUAUAUUUGAAAUAUUAGUAUCAAGAGCCUUUAGUAUCAAGUUAGCAUCAAGUAUCAAGACACCACAAGAAGUAGCUGCAAAGAAAUACAGUGGUACCUCGGGUUAAGUACUUAAUUCGUUCCGGAGGUUUGUUCUUAACCUGAAACUGUUCUUAACCUGAAGCACCACUUUAGCUAAUGGGGCCUCCUGCUGCCACUGCGUCGCCGGAACACGAUUUCUGUCCUCAUCCUGAAGCAAAGUUCUUAACCUGAAGCAUUAUUUCUGGGUUAGCGGAGUCUGUAACCUUAAGCGUAUGUAACCUGAGGUACCACUGUACUUGACUGGAUUUCCAGCAGUAUGAAUCAUGGCCUUGGAAAUCAGAUUUGAAAUGCAAAAAGUCCCAAGUAUGAGCAACAUCCUUCUGUCUGAUAGGAAGUAAGCUUUAUACCAAGUCAGACCAUUGAUCUAUCUAGCUCAGUAUUGUCUGCACUGACUGGUAGCAGCAGCUCUACAGGAUUUCAGGCAGGAGAGAUUCUCAGCCUUACCUGGAGAUGCCAGGGAUAGAACCUGUGACCUGCAUGGAAAGCAGAAGCUCUAACAACUGAGCUAUGGCCCUUCCUCUAAAUGUCUCAGUCUUCAAGGACAAUAAGCCUUGAGCUGUCUCACCUCCCCACCCCACCCCACCCCCACAAGAAAAGCCCUCUGGUCCGCAGGUAUGGCUAUUAUUUUUGAUAUGCAUAAAAUAUUUUUAAACUUCCAUUCUGAUGUUUUGUUAUUCUGGGGAAAUAUUGGUAUUGUACUGUAUAUUGAAUUUUUCUCCCAUGUUUUAAAAUAGGGGAAUGUGGUGAGUUAAAGAAUAAUAUUAAACCAUAAAAUUAAAUAAUGUUCUCAACUGUCAUUUUGAUAACUCAGUAUUCAGUGACAUUGUUAAAUCAUAAACAUACAAAUGUUUGACCAAAUGGCCAAAACAGUCUCCUGCAUUUCAUUUAUCCAUCUAUCUUGAAACUGAUUUUUCAAGAACUUGUGAACUUUGUUUAUCUUCAGAGUUCUUUAUUUUCAUAUAUUAAUGGUCAUCCAGGUUCAUUAUAAUUUUGUAGUACUAAAAAUGAUUUCUUACAGUAUUUUACUUUUAUUUUCCCCCCAAACAGGAUUACUAUAAAGCCCUAGAAGACGCAGAUGAAAAAGUACAGCUGGCCAAUCAGAUUUAUGACUUAGUAAGUAAAAUAAUGAACUUGGCUACUGGACUAUUAAUUUGCAGACUUUUAAAACGUUAACACUCAUUCUUCUUAACACUUCUUAUAACAUUUUUGCAUGUAUGAGCAUUUAUAACUCUGCAACACUUUUUAAAUGUGUCUGGCGGGGUUAUUGGGUUGUUUUUAUUUUGAUUGUGUAUUUUGUGUAUUUAUGUUGUGAUUAUAUCCUGUGUACUGCCCUGAGACCUGCGGGUAUGGGGCGGUAUACAAAUUUAAUAAAUAAUAAUAAUAAUAAUAAUAAUAAUAAUAAAUAAUACAGUCUUACCUUGGAUCCCAAACACUUUGUGAGUCUUAACGUUUUGGCUCCUGAACGUCGCAAACCCAGGAGUGUUCCUGUUUGCAAAUGUUCUUUGGAACCUGGAUGUCUGACGCAGCUUCUGCAGCUUCCGAUUGGCUGCGGGAGCUUCCUGCAGCCAAUCGGAAGCUGCGGCUUGGUUUUGGAACGUUUUGGAAGUUGAAUGGACUUCUGGAACUGAUUCCAUUUGACUUCCAAGGUACCACUGUAAUGCAUUUUUCUGCUUAUAGCUUUUUAAAAAAACUUUGGGCUAACUGGCUUGUAUGUACACUUAAACGUUUUAAGGGCUGAAAUAAUAAAAAUUAUUACAUGCAAAAGCAGUUUCAUAUACGUAUCCAUGAAGGCAUUUGCAGAGCAAUCCUAAGUGGAGCUGGGAAGGAGUGGAAUGGCAGAUGCACCAGUACAUAUCAUGACAUCUCAUGCUAGCCAGGGCAGGAUGUGGUUGGAGAUUGGUCUUCUUUUUCUCUAUACCAGCUCCAGGCUGAAAUAGCUGAGGGGCCUGAUAGUUAGGUCCAGGGCAUCUGCAAGAUUUUGAAACCAGUAGCUCUAAAGCAGGGGCUGACAAGGUUUUACCUGCCUGGGCCAGUCAGGUCCGUGGAGAUCCUGUGUGCAAUUUCCGGUGUCUAGGCAUGUGCAGACGCGAUUUCCGGUGCCGCAGAAGCAAGUCCCUGCACUGCGCUGGUUUAGCGCAGCGGGCACUGACUCACCAAGCGGGCAGCGCGGUUUGGGUGCGGCUCAUGGGCUGGUUAAACUGCCCCCGUGGGCCACUUGCAGCACAAGGGCCGCAGUUUGCCGACCCCUGCUCUAAAGCUACCAGUGCCCUGCCCCUAAGAUGCCCCAUUUUAGUACUUUCUGCUUGCUACCGCCAGCUGAAAAAUUGCUGGUGGUAGUUUUCUGCUCCCUGGAAUGCAGCUGGGGCCUUGGUUGUGGCACAGCCCCUCUAGCAAUGCUCCUAUCUACCAGCAGAGGCUGGCAGAGAGACACCUCCUCACUGUCCUAAACUCCGUCGUCCCCCGUCAGUGUUGUGGGAUUAGGAUUGCAUUCUUAGUAUUGUGACACAAGUGUUACUUUACCACCUGUCAGCUGGUGGCGGUAGAGCUCAAGCUUGCUUUCUGCAAACAUCUGGUGCAUGAGGAAGUUACACAUGGGAAACUCCCUUGUGUAUCCAGUCCAGAAGGCUUUGGGGUUUACCAAUUUUCCUUUACCAGUGCACAGUUUAGAGUACACUAGAGUCUCCUGAUUGUGCAUUGGCAGCUGUGUGUGUGACAGGUGUGGGCAUGGUUUGGGAGAAGUAGCCUUGCAGACCAAAUGUGAGCCAAGUUUGGCCUGUGGGCUGGAUGCUCCCCAGCACUGCCUUAGGCAAUCUCAAAGCUUUGAGUGCAAAAUAGUGGGAUUUGUGAAUCUGUAAUUGGCAGUCUUUCAUCUAAUCUCUUUUAACAAUUUCAAGAGGGGAUGGUAGCUGUGGCUUGUGAAACCAGUUCAAAAUUUUCUUGGGGUGUGGAACUACCGUAUUUACACGAAUCUGAUGCACCAUCGGAUCUAAUGCACACCUCAAUUUUCAAAACCUUGAAACCAAAAAAGUAUUUGCUGGAGAAUGUAAAUGUGGCACCAAAUCUAAUGCACACCCUAAUUUUCGUGACGUUAUUUGGCCAAAAAAGGUGAGCAUUACAUUUGAAUAAAUGCGGUAGGUGGAACCCUACUUGCGUAAUUCCAGUCAUAUGUUGGAGUCAUUUGGGUGCCACAUGUACUAGAAGGUUUCUGUAGCACAAUGCUCCGAAGGCUUUAUACUAUCUUACUUAAUAUUUUUUGUUAAUAGGAAAAGGUGUUUGACAUGUACAUGAUUGAUUAAAUAUUCUCAGCAGUACAAUCUUAAUACACAUUUACACAAAAGGAAAGCUUGUUGAAUUAAAUAGCUUACUGUUCAAUAGUUUUUUUCAGUGUACAGUAUACACUUAACUUUAGAGUAAGCCUCACUGAACUCAACAAGAUUGAUUUCUGAUUAGGACUGUAUAGGAUUUCAUUGUUAGAGGUUUUUUUCAGCUUAAUGUUUUCAUGUCCAGGGAUCCUUUUAUACAGAUUCUCAUUUGUGAUUUUUUAAAAAAUACAGUAUUGGUGUUUGCCACAAUUCAUAUUAACUUUUUGAUUGUGUGAAGUAAUAAACUGGAUGAAAAAUAGCCUGACGUAUCAAAAAACAUAUGUUCUUAAAUCAGGUAGACCGCCACUUGAGAAAAUUGGACCAGGAAUUAGCAAAAUUUAAAAUGGAACUUGAGGCGGAUAACGCUGGGAUUACAGAAAUAUUGGAAAGGCGUAAGUAUGCCCGGUGGCCUUCUCCAGUCAUUAUAAUUUUGCCAGCACAUAACAUCACACUCUGUUGCUGCUGUAGCAAUAAAGGGUUUCCUUUUGUUUCUCAUUUGUCAAAAUGAAUCAUAACUAAUAAAACUGGCUCAAUUUUUUUUCUUGGGCCCCAUCACAGUAGCAUGAGCAAGAGGAGAAUCUAUUCUCCUUAUGCUGCUUUUUAGUUUGUUUCCUGAACAUUUCACAGGAUACCCAUUUGAAGCUUCAUUGCAAGCCAUCUUUAAAGUUUGCCUUAUCUGUGUGCAUCAAGAAUUAAAACAGUCUUGGGUCCUGAAGAAAGUAUUAUCUGUUGCUUCUCUGUGCAUUCAUAUUGGUAGGACAGAGUGUAAAAACCUCAGGCUUUGGAGCCACAUGUGGCUCUCCCUCUUCCUCUGCACAGGUCACACCGCUCACCAGUCCUGCUCUGUGCUCUUCUUGAGUGUUUCUCCUGAUGUGUUCUUGAACUGUGAUCGUUCCCUUGCUUGCUUGGAUUGAAAGAAGCAUGUGUGACCUUUGUGUGGCUGGAAUGUUGUAUAGAUGUAAAGCGUCACAUCCGUUGCUCUGCCACUUUUGCCUCUGUCGCAGCCCACCAAUGGAAUGCAGCACCCUGAAGGAAUGUGGAUUUUGGACCUCAAAAGCCCCUGCGAUAGGGUUGUUCUCUUCAGAACUCAAGAGGCUAUUGGCUUGAAUGUGGCAAAUUAAUGUGGCAAACCAGGCUAGAGAACAAAAACCUCUCUGAUUAAUUUCAUAGCACUAGCUUCUUCUGAUGAAAAUGCAAUGUGCAGUAUUUUAAGGAUGGUGUCAGAUAACAAAACUUUCUAAGUUGUCAUAACUAUAAUUCAUUCUUGAAUACUCUUUCCAAUAGGUUCUUUGGAACUGGAUACACCAUCACAGCCACUGAACAAUCACCACGCUCAUUCACACACCCCAGUAGAAAGUAAGUUGAACGUUGCAACCUUUGCUUUUGUUUGGUGUGAAGAAGACCAGUACAACAGGCAGAAAUUCAGCAGGUUGUGCUUUUCAAGUAUAGAAAUAUAAUAUGGAGAAAGCUUUGCCAUGACUGUGAUCUCUCUCAAAUUUUGUAUUAUGCCAUGUGCACCCACAGCAUUCUCACAAAGUUCAGCAUGUGCUCACUGGUCCAAAAGGUUUGGUGACCCAUAUCUGUGGAAAAGAGCUCCUUGACUGAAAUGUGAUGGUGCUUUUCAUGAGUGUGUGUGUGUGUGUGUGUGUUUUCCUUCUGUAGUGAUAAGCCCUUUGCACAAAGCGUCAAGUUUGACUUUUGGAUUAAUAGAGUGUGUUUUGUUUGUUCGUAUAGAACGGAAGCAUAAUCCCUCAUCUCACCAUGCAGCGGCAGAUCAUGUCCCUGAAAAGAAGUUUAAGUCUGAAGCUCUUCUGUCAACUCUCACUUCAGAUGCCUCUAAAGAAAAUACACCAGGUAAUUACAAUGUCAGGUGUAAGUGAAGUUUUAAGCAUACAAAUGGAGGGCAUUCUCUUUCCUGACCUAUUAAUGGGAUUGCACCCACAGGCUGUUUUUCAGAGAGGCAGGUACAAUCUAUUUUUAAAGAGGGCUGCUAAGACUCCUGUAUGUGGAUCCCUAAUAAAAUUGUUACUGGUGGAGGACAGAAGUAAGGCAAGGACAAGGAAUUUAUCCCUCCUUUAAUCUUACCACCCAUGCUUGCAACAGCAGCUUUGUAGUCUUUGUGAUGGUGUUUCUUUGUUUUUGCAGGGUGGGCGGGGAUCACUCACCUUUCCCCAACCUUGCAUUGGGCUCAGAGGAUGGAAGUGGCAAGAUUCAUUCAGUACCCAGUUGUAAAUACUUCCUCCCUGUAUCCUGCCCAUCUCAGGAGUGGUGAGGGUGAUAAAUUUAGCUGAGAGAGUUUACUGUGGAGAAGAACUACUGUUGGAAGGUGGAGGGGGGUUGGAAUUUGGACCCUGUGUUCCCACUCCUUUAUCCACCUCUUCUCGGUUAUUUAUUAUUAUUAUCAUUCAGUACCUUCUCUCAUUAUAUACUUUCCUCACCCAUCCUUCCAUUGCCUUUUUCCAUCCUCUAGGCCACAUUUAGCAGCUUCGCACACCUGUCAGCUUUGCCCACCAGGGUGGGGAAGAUAAAGAUCUGUCUCUUUUGCCAUAAAAGGUUCCCCACCACUGGAUUUUAAAAAACCCCAAAAACCAGAAGAGGCAACAAUAGGACAGGGUGGAGUGGUGUGUUUUCAGCAUUUAAUGGGAACUGUAUAACGAAGAUACCAGAUGCACCUUGUCAGGAGAAAGUUCCAUAGAAGUUCCACUUCUGAUCUUGUAACACCCAAGAAGUAGGGAUGGAAGCAGUCAUUCAGAUAUUUAGGGCCCAAGUUGGUUAAGGCUUUACACAUUAGCCCUGGGGCAAGAGAGCAAACAAAGAUAGGAACGUCUGAAGAGUAGAGCAGUGCCAAGUUGUUUUACAGAACAUCAUAUCCUGUUAGUCCUUUUGUCCAUUAACGAGGUGGCUGACUUUCACUGGUAGACACAGCUGGUUUUCAGCUUUCUGAAAUUUAAAUCUACUUUUAGUUUUCACUUUGGACUAUAUAAAUAUGUUCCCUUUGUUCAUCAAGGGUGUCGAAACAGUAAUUCAUCAUCCUCAUCCAACAGUGCAUAUAAUGCAAAUUCUUCUCAGCCAUUGGCAUCGUAUAACCUGGGCUCAUUAUCUUCAGGAGCUGGAGCUGGUGCUAUUACCAUGGCAGCAGCUCAGGCAGUGCAAGCCACAGCACAGGUAAGGAAUUCAAAAUACACUGUUUAAAGUACCUGCAGUCUGAGUUGGACAACUUUUAUUUAGUUUAGAUUGGCAUCGGGACAUAGUGCAUUCUAAAAACUCUUCCCAGCAUAUUGAACUUGCACGUGUUUAAUAAGGUUUGCAGUGUGAUCCUGUGCGUACCUGUACAAAAGUAUGCUGUGCUGAGUUCAGUAAGACUUACUCCAAGAUAAAUGGCUUUAGAAUUGCAGCAUUCAGCCUCAGUCCUGUGCACACUUACUUAAGCGUAAGUCACAUUGAAAUAGGAUGCAAGACAAUAUCCAGCUUGGUUUCUUAGAGCAUGUGGGUAAUUACGAUCAAGCCAUAAUUUUUUGUAAGUGUUGGAAAUGUGAGUCUACUCUUUUUAAUGCCAUGCCACAGAUAGUUCAAGCAUGCUUUAAAUGUUUACUAGCAAUGACAUAAUAUAUUAAUAUGGCUACUUUUCUUUUAGAUGAAGGAAGGAAGGAGAACGUCUAGCCUAAAAGCGAGUUAUGAAGCCUUUAAGAACAAUGACUUCCAACUUGGAAGAGAAUUUUCAUUAUCCAGGGAUACCGCUGGGUACUCAUCAUCCGCCUUGGCAUCUACAUUAUCUCAGACUUUGAGUUCAUCAACCACAGAUUCACGGAGUGGUCGAAAAAGCAAGUAGGUUCAUGAAAAAUGGUUGCUUCCCUUCGGCUGGGCUCACUUAAGAAUUUGGAGAAAUUAUUAAUCUGUUAUUAGUAGUGUUCACAGUUUUUAAUAGAAACUCAGAAUUUUGAACUGGUGAUCUCAUUUUGUUUCAUUCCCUGAUCCUUUGAGAUGAUUCAAACUCUACAUUUUAAAAGCUUAAAUGUAUGCCCUCAUGUUUUUAUGCACAGAUGUCAUCAUACAUAAACAAAAGUCUAAUUUUAACAGGUUCUUAGUAACGUAAGACCUGUACUAAGAAUAGAAGUAUACAUAAUUACCCAGGUGAUAGUCUCUUCUAUUUCCUUCCAUAUGUCAGUUGACCCAGCCGCUUCUUUCUCUCUUUGACUCUUACUGAAGGGUGCCUACUUGCUCUUGAACGCUAGAAGAAAUGAAUGCUAAAUCAAAAAUAUAUAAAAGUAGCCAUCCACACAUUGAUUUAUAGAACUUACAAACACAGGAUAAAAGCUCCAUAGAAAAUCAACAAGGUCCAGAAUAGUACUGAGGCCCCAUUGUGGUUAUGAAAUGUGAAUUUACCCUGUGUAUAAACCAUCAGUACUGUUGAAACAGUGAAAGGAAGAACAUGAUGAGCCAGUACAGAAAAAGCAUGUCUACUCUUUAAUUAAGCAAAAUAAUGUAAUACUAAAGUUGUUGCUGUCUGUCAGGGCAGGAACACUUGCUUAUACCAUUUCUAAUCUCAAAAAUCCUCAUUAUAUUUUGUCAAUUUAAGGGUGUGGUGGUUGUUUUUUUAGAAAAGAAAAUGUUUACAUCAAAUAUAGAUUAUUGUCCAACAGCUUAGCUAUGAACUUCUGCUGUAGUGUCAAAUUACACACACAACUUGAUGGAAAGUAAAGGGAGAACACACUGGGUAUGUCUUUAUUUUUCAGAAACAAUAACAAAUCUUCAAAUCAACAAUCGUCAUCAUCUUCCUCGUCUUCCUCCUUGUCAUCUUGUUCCUCAUCCUCGGCUCUAGCACAGGAACUGUCUCAACAAACAGCAGUAAUACCAGAGUCCGAAUCUAAUAGCCAAGUUGAUUGGACCUAUGACCCAAAUGAGCCACGUUACUGCAUUUGUAAUCAGGUAUAUUUUGUUAAAAUAUGAUAUUAUGCAGAAAGUUAUGGUAGAAAGUUUGUGUUUUUAUAGGAUAGUUUAGUUGGCUCGUUGAUCUUGGUUCAUUUACUGAGAAUCGACCACAUCUGGUAGCAGAUACUAAGAGAUAAACUAUUCAACUUUCAAUGGUUGCACUUUAAAGACAAUAUAGUGCUUUAAAUUGCACGUUAUAAUGGCUGGUCUGUAAAGCUAGACAGUUGUGAUCAAAAUCUGUUGAUAUAUGCAGAAUGCUAAGUUUUGUUUUAAAUCAAAUUAUUUUCACAAUAUUGUGGCUUCAGUUAAAAUUGUGGAAAAUGCAUGGAUACUGCUAAGAUACCUUUCGGGCUUUAGAUUGGAGUUCUCAGUACUGAUUUCUGCCCUGUGUUUCUCUUUCUGUUACUCAUGAUUCCCAGCCACUUCCUUAUAACUUGGUGCAUCUACGGCUCUUGCAUUAUUUGUGUCCUCCUUCCCAUUCCCCAGUACCUGCAAGUUUUUCAUUUCAAAGUGUGCCAUGCACAAAACACUGUGUAAAUUUAUAUAACAUUUCUGGACAUGAAGCUUUGCUUUUGUCACUGCAGCAUUUGUAUAGCGAGGAAGCCUUGACAUUUCCUUUCCAACAUAAUAACAUCCUAAGAUCAAUAUUUAUGAGGAAUGUUAAAGCAUUUUCUCUGGAAGUGAUAACAUUUAUAAAAAGGUUACAAAAUCUUAGCAGUGUACAAAUAUCGAAAACAAAAGAUAGGCCCAGCUUCAGACUUAAAAUCCAGUGAGACAAGAAAUGGGGGGAGGGGGUUUGACUGGGCGAUAUAUCAAUAUAUUGCCCAGGACCAGUAUGUGGGGGGACACCACGAUGACAGCUUCACUCAGCGGUAUAUCGCUGGUGAAACCGCCACCACUCUUGAGUCCCUCUGCCUCCAGCGUGCUGAAGGAGAAACACUAGCCAGGAGUGGCAGUGGUAUGCCGCUGGUGAAACCGCCAUCGCACUCCCCCCCAGCAGAGGGAGAAUCAAGCUGAAUUGGCGAGGUGCUGCUGAUACAGCUUGCUCCUCCCUCUGCUUCUUUAAACCUCUUGGCCGCGGAACACGCUGCUGUCCUUCCCUUAGCAAAGCAGUUUUACAGAGUCCCCGACCCGCCACCAGCUCAGGGAUGGGGGCUCCGUUAAAGUGCUCCUCCCAAGCUGAGAGAGCCCCAACCCUGCUCCUGCUUGCACUUGAGUAGGAACGGGAUCGGGGCUGCCGCCUUGCUUGGCUACCGCUUCGCUGCCUUUGUCUGGGAUGGUGUGCUGUGCCUUUCCUCCCAGAAAGGCAGCUGUAAUAAUAAUAAUAAUAAUAAUAAUAAUAAUUUAUACCCCACCCAUCUGGCUGGGUUUCCCCAGCCACUCUGGGCAGCUUCCAACAAAGACCAAAAAUACACUAAAAUGUCACACAUUAAAAACUUCCCUGAACAGGGCUACUAGGCAAUGUAGGGGCUCUUUGAUGCCUAACAGGCUGCAUGCCCUUCCCUAUGGCUGCCUGGUCCGUCUUCGGGGAGUAGGGGGCGAGCAGGCAAAGUAGCUCACCCAUCCCCUACGCCAGCGAAGGCGGACACAGGCUUGCCAAGGAGCCCCAAGCUCCUUGCUGCUCGAGAGCAAGUGGUAGGGACACCAGGUCUGGCUCCGCUGGGGGCAGGAGCUCUCCUGCCCCCAGCAGAGCCUGGCCAAGGAGCCCUGGGUCCCCUGCUGGGUGUGCAAGCGGCGGGGGACCCGGGGCUUGCUCAGCUGGGGGCAGGAGCCUUUCUGGCCCCCGGCUGAGGGCCAGCUGUAUGGUGAGAGCUUGCAGCAGUUUUACCCAGCAUCUCGCAGGCUGGGGGCCAAUGCAGCCUUUUACAACAAUCCUUUUUUUGGACAGUCUUAACGUUUUAAAAAGUCUAAACAUAAUGGAAGACAUUUUAAUGCUUUUAGAAUAACUACUUAAUUUGGGGGAUAGUAAUGCAGAACUGCUUCAGGUAAUGACUCGAGUAAUGGAGUCAGCUGUUUAAACUUUAGUAUUACUGUUGCUUCAUUAUUCAGCCAUUCUUUUAUGUGCACUGAGCUCUUCAGCAUUGAUCUCUCCUGGUGACGUGCUUAUAGGAAAAGGAAGAGUGUAGUAACUACCCCUUUCCCGAAAGUCAGGUUUACUCUGUAGUAAUGUAGUCCAGCUUGGAUCAUCCUUUGGAUUAGGUCACAGAAAGGUCCUCUGCUGAGAGCAAACUACCCUGAAAUCAGGACUGUUUGUACAUACAGUCAUACCCUGGGUUCUGAACACUGCGGGUUGCGCGUUUUCAGGUUGCGGACUGCACCGAACCCAGAAGUACUGGAACGGGUUACUUCCAGGUUUCAGGUCAUGCGCAGAUGCACAAAAUGAUGUCAUGCACAGAAGCGCCAAAUCGCAUCACGCGCGUGCGCAGACGCAGCGCUGCGGGUUGCGAACGUGCCUCCCGCACGGAUCACAUUCGCAACCUUAGGUAUGGCUGUAUACUGUUCAAUGCUAAUUUCACCUAAGGCAGGUGAGCACAGCCAGGCUUACAGAUUAGGGUUUUUUAGAUUUUCACCUGAAAACACACAAUACAAAUUUUCAGUUAAAAUGAAAGGCAGAUAUUCUACAUAGAAUGUUCAAGCUGUGAAAAUAAUGGAAGCGACUUUACCUCCCUGUGCUUUAAAGUAUUUUUUUUUAUAAAGAUCAUGCUGCCCUAAUCUUUUGUAAAAUAAUAAUAAUAAUAAUUUAUCCAGGCAUUUAAAGAAAUGAUUGCCAAAACAAGUGUAAAACUGAUGGCUUACUUGCAUUUGAUCAACUAGAAAAUCACACCCUUCUUGGAUGUCUAAGGGAGUCUAAAAUAAUGCAAAAAUGGAAAAGCGAAUUCAUAACAUGAAUGUUUCCAACAUGUACAAGUUUGGCAUAUUAUUCCAUUUAGGGCCUUGCAACAAUAACUCUGAUGUGAAAAAUAAUCUGGUCAUGGAAUACAUUAAUGCUUUCUUAAUUUGUUUCUCUCAUAGGUGUCCUAUGGUGAAAUGGUGGGCUGUGAUAACCAGGAUGUAAGUAUUAAAAAAGGGUACAGGAGCUAUUACACACACCCCUCCCUCCCUUUCCCCCAGAAACUAGACUCAGCUAUGCAGUUUUACAUUUAAAAGCAGAAUUUUGAGCCAUCUUCCAAAGGAAGAUUACACAUGUUCAUGAACCCCAAGGCAUUACUCUUUCCCGCAGCAGUUAUUCAUGGUGUAGAUGAGGAUAGAUAGUUGCUUUGAGUAUGGGGACUGGUUUUAGACAGGGAACCACUAGUUUAGUACGUACGUCUGAAGCUAACCAAAAGAGGGCAGGUAGUUUUUGCUACCAGCCAGUGUGGUGUAGUGGUUAAGAGCGGUAGUCACGUAAUCUGGGGAACCGGGUUCGCGUCUCCGCUCCUCCACAUGCAGCUGCUGGGUGACCUUGGGCCAGUCACACUUCUCUGAAGUCUCUCAGCCCCACUCACUUCACAGAGUGUUUGUUGUGGGGGAGGAAGGGAAAGGAGAAUGUUAGCCGCUUUGAGACUCCUUAAAGGGAGUGAAAGGCGGGAUAUCAAAUCCAAACCCUUCUUCUCUUCUUCUUCUUCUGUACCUUUCCAAAUAUUCCCAAAUAAUAGGUAUUAAUUCUGUUUUCUUUCUGUACAACAAAGCAAAUCUACCGAUAUCUGCCAAAAGACCCUGUUUGGUGUUUUGUCGUGUCCGCUUUUAGGAACCAAUCGGUAUGUCUUUCUGAUUGCCUUACAGUGCCCUAUCGAGUGGUUCCAUUAUGGCUGUGUCGGAUUGACAGAAGCACCAAAGGGAAAAUGGUACUGCCCACAGUGUACCGCUGCAAUGAAGAGAAGAGGCAAUAGGCAUAAAUAAAUGUCCUGCUCGCUUCGCUUCAAUUAAAAAUACGUGCUAUGCUGCGGGGAAAGGGGAGGGAAACGCUUCUUUGGAACCAGUCAAAAGGAGGAUGGAUUUAGCUGUCAUAAAAUGUCGACUUCUUAAUUUUGCUAGUUGUGUUUUAAUAUUGUACUUAAAUUAUUUAUGCACCGCAGUUGUGCUAUAAAUACUUUUUCCAGUUAGCCAUGGAUUUUGUUCCAGUGGCAGACAUAUGCAGACAUUUGUACUCUCUUAACCAUUUUCUCUAAGCGGUGGGCAUUCUACAACAAUUCAGCCUUCAAAUAAUUCCAGCAAAUUUAAGAUUUUGAAUGGUUUUAUAUUUAGCUGGCAUUCUACUGCAUGUUCUGUACUCGAGAGCUGUUAAUGUGGGAUUUUGUGUAUAUAAGUGUUGCAGAAAGAACGUUAAGAGAAUGGAUUUUUUUCCAGACGCCUUUAUAGCUUUGUUUCUUGUUGAAACUGAAUUCAGCAGGCUGAAGAAAAUGGUUCUUGUAUACACUGGGCUGGUGUCCUCCAGAGUACUUGGUAAAUAAAAACAGACUCUUGUACACUUUAAAACAAAAAUUGUACCACUAGUCUUUAUAUGUUUUGGGGCCGUUCAGGGCACACAGGUCAUUAAAAAAGGGUGUUAAAGUGAUAAACCUUUUAUACCAAAUGUGUUUAUUUUUUUGUGCAAGUGAUCCUUUAAAUUGAAACUGUAUUAGGUGUUAAAAUUAAAAGGGAAAAAAUCAAACGCUAGUAUUAAUGCUUGGCAUACUUUAUCAGAAAAGUACAGUAAAACAUUUCAUGGAGGCUUUCAUAAUAUGCUGUCUAACUGGAGGAUUUUAAAUAGUUUUUAUUUUUUAAGAAAAUAUAUAAAUAAAAGGUUUCCAUCUCUGACAUACUAAGUACUAUGCCUGUUGUCUUGUUUUCACUGCCAGAAGUUACUCAUUUAAUAAUGCCAGGUUGAUUUAAGAGGAAAAUUUAAAAAUAAAAGUAGUCCCAUACAACUGAAAUUUGAUACAUUGCAAUUACUCUUAAGAGAUGCACAAAACCUCUGUUUUGGAGGUUCCUCAACCCUCCAAAGCAGAACUGGAGGCAUGUGAGGGCCUGCAGGGGUGAGAAGGGGGAAGAGAAAAUUGUUACAUGCGCAUUCGAUGUGUUUAGAAAUAGAAUAAUCAGUUUAAGUGCUUUCUUGGAAAGACGGU